UGGGGAGCGCGCAGUAUAAGAACAGUGCCGAGCCCCUUACUUCGUUCAGUGACUGCUCACAUAGCGCCAUUUCAGUUCACGGCAGCCGCUUCUUUUGCAGUAUACACGAUCAUCAUGGAAGACGAUAUUGCUGCACUGGUUGUUGAUAAUGGCUCUGGAAUGUGCAAAGCUGGCUUUGCUGGAGAUGAUGCUCCCCGUGCUGUGUUUCCAUCCAUUGUGGGACGCCCCAGACAUCAGGGUGUUAUGGUUGGAAUGGGCCAGAAAGACAGUUAUGUAGGUGAUGAAGCUCAGAGCAAGAGGGGUAUCCUUACCCUGAAAUAUCCAAUUGAGCAUGGAAUUGUCACAAACUGGGAUGACAUGGAGAAGAUAUGGCACCACACCUUCUAUAAUGAGUUGAGAGUUGCCCCAGAAGAGCACCCAGUUCUGCUGACUGAAGCACCUCUUAACCCCAAAGCAAACAGAGAGAAAAUGACACAGAUUAUGUUUGAGACCUUCAACACUCCGGCAAUGUAUGUUGCCAUUCAGGCUGUACUGUCUCUGUAUGCCUCUGGACGUACAACUGGUAUUGUGAUGGACUCUGGGGAUGGUGUCACUCACACUGUGCCUAUCUAUGAAGGUUAUGCACUGCCCCAUGCUAUCUUGCGUCUGGACCUGGCUGGACGUGACUUAACUGACUACCUCAUGAAAAUCUUGACUGAGAGAGGUUAUAGCUUUACUACUACUGCUGAGAGGGAAAUUGUGCGUGACAUCAAAGAGAAGCUGUGUUAUGUGGCUCUAGAUUUUGAACAAGAAAUGGCUACAGCUGCUUCUUCCUCCUCUCUGGAAAAGAGCUAUGAAUUGCCUGAUGGGCAGGUCAUCACCAUUGGUAAUGAGAGAUUCAGGUGUCCAGAAGCACUCUUCCAGCCUUCCUUUCUUGGUAUGGAAUCUUGUGGAAUACAUGAAACAACCUACAACUCCAUUAUGAAAUGUGAUGUGGAUAUCCGUAAGGACCUGUAUGCUAAUACUGUACUGUCUGGUGGUACCACCAUGUAUCCAGGAAUUGCUGACAGAAUGCAGAAAGAAAUCACUGCAUUAGCUCCAAGCACAAUGAAAAUUAAGAUCAUUGCACCACCAGAGCGUAAGUAUUCAGUCUGGAUUGGAGGCUCCAUCCUGGCCUCUCUUUCAACCUUCCAACAGAUGUGGAUCAGCAAGCAGGAGUAUGAUGAGUCUGGACCUUCAAUUGUCCAUCGUAAAUGCUUCUAAAUGAACUGACCCAUACUUGUACUUGCGCAGGAAGAUCACAUUGGCAUGGCUUUCCUUUUUGUUGGCGCUUUGCUCAGGAUUUAAUAACUGGAAUGGGGAGAGCAGGCAAACUCCAACCUAGUGCAUCUGAAGACUGUAAAUUUUUCAUUUUCCAGUGUAAUGCUUUGUUAAGAAAUGUCCUUCUCUGAAUGCUGCUCAGUUGGAGCUAUUACAAAUAAUGGUUGUGUUGCUUGUAUGUGCAGCUACUUACCCAAACAUGUCUUUUGUAUCUUCUGCCUUGAACACUCUGUAACUCUUUGCUCAAAUGGGCUCUCUUCCUAACAUUUUGAAAAGUUUACAUUGUAAGUGAUCUUGGUAACAUGCUGGGGAAGGGUGGGUCACCUGAACACUCAAAUGAAACAAUAAUAAAGUUGCAAUUUCAUACGUC